AUGCUCUCCUGCCGCCUCCAGUGCGCGCUGGCCGCGCUCUCCAUCGUCCUGGCUUUGGGCAGUGUCACUGGCGCGCCCUCGGAUCCCCGACUUCGCCAGUUUCUGCAGAAAUCCCUGGCUGCUGCCGCUGGGAAGCAGGAACUAGCCAAGUACUUCUUGGCGGAGCUGCUGUCUGAACCCAACCAGACAGAGAAUGAUGCCCUGGAACCUGAAGAUCUGUCCCAGGCUGCUGACCAGGAUGAAAUGAGGCUGGAGCUGCAGAGAUCCACUAAUUCAAACCCGGCUAUGGCACCCCGAGAACGCAAAGCUGGCUGCAAGAAUUUCUUCUGGAAGACUUUCACAUCCUGUUAG